AUGUGCCAAAAGGCAUCGCCAAAAGAGCCACAGCUCUUCAAUAACAUAAUCAUACCAUACGUUAUGCAUGACUAUAGAGUAUAUGACGAUUUAGCUAUACUUAACGUUAAGGACGCAACUAAUAUCUCAAGAGGAUUACUAGAGAGAGGCCACGGAUGCGCACUCCGUAUACCCCUCACCGCCGACGCUCUGCCGACUCUUUUGCCUCUGAAAACAGCCCAAACACUAACACCAACGCCAACCCAAACACGUGUCACCGCAUUAAAUGAUGAGAUAUUUGCAUUCAUCACAACUCUGUCGACACAUUCGUUGACAUUCAAUGAAUUGACAAAAGUUAUGCAAUUGGACUUGAUCAUUGCUUAG